AAAUUGUCACGAACAAUGAUACUUCUUUGUGAAUUAUUAACAGAAGAACCAGAAGGUGGAUCAGCAAUGAUCCCUUGUGACACAUUUAUAAGUUUGUAUACAUAUUUGGCUCGAAUGAAUUGUGGUCCUGUUUUGGAAGGUGAAAAUGCCACACCACCUGAAGGCUGGGCAGAUAUUGUAGUAGAGGAGAGUACCGUAGAAGAACAACAAAAGGAUAUGGAAGAGGAAGAAGAAGAGGACAAAGAAGGCCCAGAACAAGUAUUAAAAAUAACUGAUUCAGAACCACACUUAACCAAGUGCAUUUCUGUCGAAAGAACUGUUGAAGACAUGGAAGCAACUAUAAAGAAUGCACUUUGGGAUGCACUCUUGUCAAAAUUGCCGGAUGAAGAUAAAGCACAUGAUGAUGAUGAUUAUGAAGCAAUUAAAGAUGAUCUAUGGUCAUCAGUAAAGAGAAAUGUUGACCAAUACUCAAAUGUUGCAGCUGAUGCACGUGACUUUUUACACUCUGUAAUUCAAGACAUACCAGAUUUAAGGGGUAAGAUGGAGAAACCAACAGCUGAUAAAACAACAUCAGAGAUUCUUAAAAAAGCGAUAUGGGAUGCUAUAACAGAAAAGAAGCCUCCUCCCUCAAUGAAGGGGACUGUUUGGGAGACAUUAUCAGAACUGAUUACAGACACCCAAAAAGAAACAAUGAAGAAUGAGUUAUGGAAUGCUGUUUUGGAGAGAAUUCCGUCAGGAGAUAUGUCUGAACAUGAGUCUGAGGAACCUCUCAAGUACAUACACAGAGAAGCAGAGGCAGUCCCAAGUUGGGUAGGAAAACUUGUUCCUCCUUACAGAGUGGAAGUCAAGGGAAUUGGUCCAGUUAUUUCCGAAGAACAAAUACAAGCCGUUGAAGAUUACAUGAAAUAUUGGUCUGAUCGCCAAGAGGACAUGGUAAUGCCUCGGAACAUAAGGCAUUUUCUGUGUCCUCCUCUUGAUCCACCGGAAGAUUACGGGUUUCCUGAUGACAAACCUGAGGAAGAGGAGGCCAAUGUUGAUGAAAGUAUUUAUGCAGAAGAACAUCACAGGAAAAUGGAGGAAAUUUCACCACCAGGUUUUAAAGCUUGUACAAAAUAAAAUAAAUAUUUGUAGUGUUGGUAUUUAGUUUUAUAUUUCAUGAGUAAAUUUCAAGGAAAUCUUGAAAUCACCUCAAAUUGCUAUUACACAUUGCAAAAACAAUGACCAUUACUUAGACCCUGUAAUUAGUUUCAUAAUUCCCAAUAUAACCCUGCAAAUUUCAAGAACAUAUACAAUAAUAUCAUUUGAAUUUUUAACAAUUUCUUCAUUUUUCCCCUGAUAAUUUUAUGAUAAUCCAAUGUUUUUGCUCUUAUAUAGCAGUUUAAUUUUGGUUUAAGAAAUGAUGACACACAAAGUGGUUUUGUAUUAAUCAACAUUUUACCACAAUUUCACUACAUUCUUAUUCCCCUUCGUUCUGUACUCCGAGCCCCAUGUUUUACUCUACUGUCCAAGUCUAAUAUCAGCUAAAAUUUAACUUGCUUCUUUAAAACUAUUUUUUCAGAGCAUUUCCAUGUGAAAUUGUAUUGUUUAUUGUUGGUUUGUUUGCUUUUGACAAAUACACCAGGCUUAAAAUUGUAGAUAACAAUUUAAUGUAUGUUACAAUACAAUUUACAAUAAGACAGCACAUAAAUCUAUAAUCUAGAAAUAAUGAAAACCCCAUUAAGAUCUUUGAGAAUUCUAGAAUUCAUCCCACGAUCAAGUGAUCCUUAAUUCCUUUGCAGUUUUCUAAUUACAGGUAGAUACAUAAAUUACAAUUACAAUUACCAAUCUACUGAAUGUUUACAUAUUACAUGUGGUGUUCCUGAUACAUUGUUCUAUUUUGUUUUAUACAUGGGCUUCACCACUGGGGAGGAGGGGGAUGUAUCCCUCGCCUCCUACACACCUAAUGUAUGAUGGUGGUGGAGGUGUUUGUUGUUGUUUUUUUAAGUUUAUUGGAAGGAACUUCUGCACCUUAUCUAUUGAAUUGUCCCCCACUUCCUCAAUAAUUUGGUGCUGGUAACGCUUUAAUGGUUUUACAGGCAUUCAUUAGGGUGUUUCCUCAAAUUAGUAAACAUCAUGGUCUCUGAAAAUACAACAAUGAGGAAUAGUUUAUUUCAUGUUAAGAGUGCAAAGUGGUUUGUUUUUUCUUCAUAAUAAAAAUUAGACACAUUGUUGAUGAAACUGUAGGUUGAGGCAAAAAAUCAAACCUAUGAAAAAACAGCCACUUCACCCUCAAAAUGUGAACAAUUUUUCUAGAAGCACACAGAAAUAUUAGAAAAUAUAAUGAAAUGAAAUAAAUAAAAUUAUUAGGAAAAAAAUUGUAAUUUUACCUUCAAGUAAAGCAUUGGAUAUUUUGGGGAAUAGAAGUGUAUUGCGCAGGGCUCUGAUUUGGGAUUUGUAACAGAAUUUGUAAUGGUCUGUUUAUUUUGGUAAUGUUUCCUUGAGAAGUGGAUGUUUGGAACCUUUUACAUUUUAUUUAUUACAUCCAACAAAUAUAAAUGUGAUACUCCACUGUUAGUUGAAUUGCAAAAUAUGUAAUUUAUAUUUCACAAGUGUAUAUGCAAAUGAAAUGUGAGAGUCAAGAUUCAGAAUCUUGUUCAAGAUCUUUACCUUAAGUUACAUUGCUACUGACUUCACUAAUUAUAAUAUAGAAUCAUUAACUUUUAUUAAAAUAGUAGUUAAUUGUAAAUGAAAAUGUCUUCUGGGUGGAUAAUUUGAUUUAAAUAGUUGUUUUUGUAUGUUUAUUUUUAUUAUAAUUAUUUAUAUUUUUUAUUAUAAAAUUAUAUAAUGAUUUUAACAAUUAUUUUUUGUAUGUUUUCUUGGUCAGUAGCAUCAUUCCAAUAGUGAAAAAAAAUUCUAGUCAUGCAUGAAGUAUUUGUUGUUGUUGUUGUUUGUUUGUUUGUUUUCCCCCCACAAUAGUGAGAUAGUUGUCUUGUCAACCAAUAUCUUGGAUAGGUAUUAAAAAGUUAUGAACUUCAUAUGUGUCUAGUAAUGUGUGAAAUAUACCAUUUUUAUACAAUUGUAGAAAUGUUCAUCACUUGUUUAGUAGAAAAUAGUAACUUACAGUUUAAUUCCUAUAAGCAUGCUUAUGACAAAAAGAUGAUUUCUAUAAUAAAACUAUUGUUUUAGGAAUGCAUUGUAAAAGCAUCAUUAUUUUUAUCUUCUUGUUCAUCAAAUAUUUUAUAUUCAGCACUUUGUAUAGUUAGUCAGACUGGGCCAUCCCAAAUGAGACAAUUGAAGGGAUGACAUGAAAAUAGAAUUUCUUAAGAAUUGACAUUGUUUAUACAAGUAACUUACCAUAUGUUAAUUGUACAAAAAGAUAUUUGUGUUUUUUAUGAUAUAUUUAUUUGUGGUUGGUUUUGUUUUGCAUUAAUAUAAUAUAUUAUUAUGUAAUAUAUCUGAGAGAAGGUAAAAUAAACA